GGCUAGAGGACAUAUCUGAGCAAGAUUCUGUUCACUCAAUAUCCUCACAGCUCUCUCCAACUCUACGUACGCCAUGACAGAUGUUCCAGUGACAUUCCAUCAGGUUGAGUGUAAUGGGGACACACCACCUGAAAGUGAUGAACCAUCAAUCACUAAAAUCACUGAGGAAACCAGCGAUCUGGAUGGCACCUCACUCUACUAUAGAGUGGAACCUAGUCUUGAAGAUUUACCCUCGGAAGGAAACCAGGGGCAAAGUGAAACAUUACAAGGGAAUAUACUACUCAACUAUUCCACAGAUGAGGAGGCUCUAAAAGAAAAUCCAGAAGAGAAUCUCUAUAUUGUCCAUAAGGCUAUUACAGAUCUUUCUCUUCAAGAAAAAAAUGUUGAUGAAAUGACAGUCAAAGAAGGACAUCAGUGGGAGAAAAUACCUCUGAGCAGCAGUAACCAGGACAUAAAUAGACAAAAAGAGAGAAUUAUUGAACAACCUCUUGAAGAGAGAGAAGAUGACAAUGGGAAGAACAAAGAUCACCAUGCAACUGAAAUUGAAUGGCUGGGAUUUCGGAAACCUAGCCACGGUGAUGUGCUGCAUUCUAAACAUGAGGAGCAAGAGGUUUGGGAUGAGGAAAUUAAUGAUGAUGAUGAUGAUUGCAAUGAAGAGGAAGAUGAAGUUCGAGAGAUAGAAUUUAAGAAAAAAAGAGAGUAUUCUCAACUGAAAGAGGAAGGUGAUAUUAGUGAGGAUUCUCCCCUCAGCAGCCCCAGUUCCCAGCCUGUGACACCUGAUGAGCAGCCAGCCUUGGUGAAGAGGGGCGAUAUCUCCAGAAAUGCUUAUUCCAGAUAUAAUACAAUAUCCUACAGGAAAAUCAGGAAGGGGAAUACUAAACAAAGAAUUGAUGAAUUCGAGUCUAUGAUGAACUUAUAAACUAACUGGCACUGAGACGUUUUCUUGCCCACUAAAGUAAAGCUAAUUCUGUUUUCCUGAGAAACACCUUUAUAUGCCUUAUUUGACUUGCCACUUUUAUAAGUGAAUGCGCACUGUUUCACUGUAGAGAAAAAUGAAAAUAACCCUAGAUAAAAUUCAGCCUGGUAACUUCAAAUCUUCAUGGACAUUUUGCUUUUCAAAACUUCACUAAUAUAAUAUUAUGCGUUAAGAACUGUACAGUCAGCACCAGUGGGGAAUCUGGCAUGAUUUGCCUUUAAAAAUAGUGAAGUUAGUAAAUGUGGUCAUCAAAUGAAAGAGAGGACUAUUUGAAAUGAUUCUUAUAUUUCCUUUGGUAUCUUUUUUCCUGUACAUGGAGGGUGAUAGAAAAUCUGUUAUUAAGCCUCUCUUACUUUUAAACAUGGUUUUAUAGAUGUUGGCAA